UCCAACCUUUUCUUGUUCCCCUUUUCUCUCCUUUUCGCUUUCGCCCAUGCCGCGGCCAACCACAGCAACCCUGCCUUUGAUGUGAUUCCUGACUCAGCUACCCCAGAAAUUCCACGUUGUCGGCCCCAAGAUGGUGCGACGGCCGCCUGGCCAUGUCGCUCCCCAGCGGAAAUACCUCCUGGCACUCGCACUGAUCCUGCUCCCGUGGCUCCCCCUCGCCGAUGCUCAGCAGCAGCACCAGCGCCAGCCCGUGGCAGCCCACCAGCUUCGCUCGCCCUCCGAAGACGACCAACAUGCCGCAGUCUCGGGCCUCACAGCGACGACCGCCGUGACGGGGCGAGAGACGGCCGAGAUCCCCCGCAUCCAGCAGCAGCGCAAGGCUCUCAGGAGCAGGGAGGCCGACGGCAGCGAGGAACUUCGUCAGCGGAUCCUCGCCCAUCCUCGCGGUGAUCACGAUGUCUACGAUGAUGGCAGCAACAAGAACAACGACUACAACCGCAACCACAACAACUUCAAUUCUGACGAUGCGCGCGCCCCCGCUUUGGCUCCGGAUCUGUCCGUUCGAGCACCACCUCCAUCACAGUACAGAGGCCCCAACCCCGGGGCCGGACUCUCGCAGCAUGUUGCGCGGAGCCUGGAGGAUUGGGAAGUGGAAGACUUUGUUCUUCUGGCGACCGUCGAUGGAGACCUCUACGCCAGCGACCGUAAGACUGGGCAAGAGCGCUGGCACUUCAAGGCCGACCACCCCAUGGUCGAGACCAGGCAUUUCAGGACCAACCGUUCGGUCCUCGAUGACGACUACGACCCAAUCGACCAUUACAUCUGGGUCGUCGAACCCACUAGGGAUGGGGAGCUCUAUCUGUGGAGGCCCAACGAGAAUGGCGCCGGCCUGGCCAAGAUGACCUUGACCAUGAAGAAGCUGGUCGAGGAACUGGCGCCCUUCAACGACAAAACCAACCGCGUGCUCUACACCGGGGACAAGAAGACCACCAUGGUCACCCUAAACGCCGCGACGGGCACCAUCAUCAAGCAGUUUGGCUCCACGGGCAGCUACGUGAACAAGGUCGAGUCCGAGAGCUGCUUCAAGCCCAACGCACUGGCGGACGGCGAGGAGGAAUGCAGCGAGGACCGCACCAUCACGCUCGGCCGCACCGAGUACACUGUCAGCAUUCACCGUUCCGACGGUCAGCCGAUCGCAUCCCUCAAGUAUUCCGAGUGGGGUCCCAACAUGCAGGACAGCGACCUCGUGCAACAGAAUCUCAUCACCAAGGACAGCCGCUACGUCACGAGCCAGCAUGACGGCAAGAUCUACGGCUUCGAGUAUGGCCGCUUCAGUGAGGAGCGGCCCGUCUUCACAAAGACCCUCUCAUCGCCCGUCGCUCGGGUGUUUGACGUCCUCCACCGCUGGGAGCCCUCGACGGGCAAGGAUCCGGAACUCAUCGUCCUGCCCCAGCCCCCGCUACCGGCCGGUGACGAGGACAGCCUGCGCCUCCGUAGCGAGAAGGUGUUCAUCAAUCAGACCGAGGAGGGGGGCUGGUAUGCUCUGUCGGGAAGCCGGUAUCCCCUGAUCCUCUCGGCCCCGCUCGCGCCCAUCCAUCGCGUCGACUGGUGGAGAAUCAGGGAGGCUUGGGACCUGCUUCCCGAAUCUCAAAAGUCUAAGGCACUAGUGGGAACGCACCAACUGCCAAACGGUUUGAGCACGGCCGAUACGGUCCAGCAGCCGGCGUCGCGCCUGUUGCUAGAUGCCCCUCGCGGCGAGCCCGAGGGCCUAAUUGACGGCAACAUCGCCAAGCCGCCGCCGCCGCCGCCUCUGCCCCCGCCUCAGCCGGAACCGAGUAGGAUUUUCGAGACGGCGAAGCGGGUACCUGAGUUUGUCGUUACAAGGGUUUUUGACCUCGUCAGCAACCCCGCUGCGAUCGUGAUCUUCGUCGUCACGGUGUGGGUGCUCUACAAGGAAAGAAUCGUGCAUUUCGGUCGGUCAUUCAAGGGCAGGGUCGAUCUCCUGGCACCCGGGAUCGCCGUUAGCCGCACAGAGCCAGGCCCGGAGGCUCCACCAAAGGACAAGACUGUCGUUGCCGAGUCGGCAGAACCGAAGACACAAAUUGCAGCUCCAGAUGCCGCUUCAGAUGCCGCUCCCGUCAAUACCGUCGUCCCUGUCGACACUGUUCCCGCCAUUCCCGCCGUUGACGCUCCUCCCGAGGCCCCGCCGGACGCGCAGCCCAAACCACAAGUGCCUUCCCGCGAGCCCCCUCCUACCGUUACCUUUGCUGAGCCUCCGGCGAACAAUGAGGCAGCCGAAGGGGCGGAAGCCGCCGCCGCCGCUGCUGAGCCGGUCAAGAAGAAAAAGGGCCACAGGGGCCGUCGUGGGGGUGUCAAGCAUCGCAAAGGGGGCAACAAGGACAAGCGCGAUAACUCUCAGUCUCGCGAUGACGAUCCGGCGCAGGAGACUGUUGACGAGGUGGUCAACAAGGCCAAGACCCUUGUUCGUGAGCCUAAGCUCGAGCCGGACAUUAUUACUGUCUCUGGGGCCGCCGAUGAGGUGUCGGGCCAUAUUCUCAAGAUGGGAAGCCUCGAGGUCAACGAGGCUGAGCAGCUAGGCACCGGCAGUAACGGCACCAUUGUCUUUGCCGGAAAGUGGGACGGCCGCGAUGUCGCCGUCAAGCGCAUGCUGGUCCAGUUCAACGAGAUUGCCAGUCAGGAGACGCGCUUGUUGAGGGAGAGCGACGAUCAUCCCAAUGUGAUCCGCUACUAUGCUCAGCAAGAACGCGCCGCGUUCCUUUACAUCGCGCUCGAGCUCUGCCAGGCUUCGCUGGCCGACAUAAUUCAGAAGCCCCAUUGCUAUAGGGAGCUGGCGCAGGCGGGCGAGCGCGAUCUUCCCGGCGUUCUGUACCAGAUCGCCAGCGGCCUGAGUCACCUGCACAGCCUCCGCAUCGUCCACCGCGAUCUCAAGCCCCAAAAUAUCCUCGUCAAUAUGGGCAAGAACGGUCAGCCGCGAAUCCUUGUCUCCGACUUCGGACUCUGCAAAAAGCUGGAAGGCGGGCAGUCUUCUUUCGGUGCCACGACUGCCCACGCUGCGGGAACCACUGGCUGGCGGGCGCCGGAGCUGCUGAUCGACGACGACGCUCCGGGUUCGACUACCAUGACGCUCACCGAUCCGGGCUCCAGCCUGCAUAGCGCGUCUGGCUCUGGUGUCGUCGAGGGCCCGGGACCGCACAGCCGGCGCGUGACGCGCGCCAUCGAUAUCUUUUCACUCGGUCUCGUCUUCUUCUACGUCCUGACACGUGGCAACCACCCGUUCGACUGCGGCGACCGCUUCAUGCGCGAGGUCAACAUCCGCAAGGGCAACUACAGCCUGCAGCUUCUCGACUCGCUGGGUGAUUUUGCCUUCGAGGCCCGCGACCUCAUUGGCAGCAUGCUCAACGCCAACCCGAAGCUACGUCCCACGGCCCUCGAAGUCAUGGCCCACCCCUUCUUCUGGAACUACAAGAAACGCCUGGCCUUCCUGUGCGAUGUAUCAGACCACUUCGAGAAGGAGCCCCGCGACCCGCCAUCCGCUGCCCUUAGCCACCUCGAGUCUUACGCGCCGGAGGUCGUGCAAGGCGAUUUUCUCAAGCACCUACCUAGAGAGUUUGUCGAAAGCCUUGGCAAGCAGCGCAAGUACACGGGCACGCGGCUGCUGGACCUGCUGCGGGCUCUGCGGAACAAGCGCAAUCACUACGAGGACAUGCCCGACUCCCUCAAGAAGACGGUGGGCCCGCUACCUGACGGCUACCUCGCCUUCUGGGCGUGCCGCUUCCCAAACCUGCUGAUCGUCUGCUGGAAUGUCGUCUAUAACCUGCACUGGGAGAACACGGAUCGGUUUAGGGAUUAUUAUGUGCCGGCCCCGCCCUCCUCGAGUAUGUAGUCGAGGAGGCGGAAAGAGUGUGUAAGGGCGAGUGCAGAUAUCGUGGGGAGAGGAGGUUCUCAGUUUCGGAUCAAGUAUAUUUUGUUCGUUCAGUUCGUUAUUGUUCU